AUGAGACGGGUUUCUACAAGUAUUGCAUUUGGUGGAUCCUUUUGCAAUCUCCUGCAUUUGAUGGGUCCUUUAGCAAUCUCCAUCAUCCUUAAGGGAGAUGUUUUCUGUAUACUUACUUCUAGGCCUGAUCACAGCAAAUCACAACAAAAGAAGGAAGUGCUUUCUAUUGUUGAUCUAAAUGGAAGUAAGAGGGGAAAGACAAUUGAGGCUACAAAAACUGCAGUUGUUGCAAGAUUCUCAAAAAUGGAUCAAAAGGACUCAUUUAGUAUAUUGGAAUUUAAUGAUCAAACUUAUUUAUAUUCAUCAACUUUGGAGUUUGAGAGGAGUGGCAUGAAUUUUAUUCCGGCUGGUGGUAAACACCCUCAGACACAAACCAAUCGUUUUGCAGGCAGCUACAACCUUUUGUAUAUUUUCUUUUGUUUCUUGCAUACGCUAUGUACAAACUAUUAA